AUGGCAGCGGAAUUCGUAGAUUUACUGGCACAGUGGCUAAAACGCAGGCAAGGACAGGGAAUUGAAGGUUUUUACGAGAGAGCAAUAUGGGCAGAUAUGAAAAAUAUGGUGGACCAGUUUCUUACCCAUAUGGAGCAUGAUGAUGGCACACUUGCGACAUCGUGUGAUGAUAAGGGAUGGGGGCCGGAACGAAUCACAAAUUGGCAUAAUGCUGACGACAAAGUUGUAUGCAAAAUGAUGGUGCCGGCAUUAUUUUUCAUGAAUGGAUGGGGGCUGGGUCCACAUGGGGGAUACGAGGCUUCGGCCGCAGGUGAUAGAUUACACAGAUAUAUACGGUGCAUAAUUGUGAAUGUAUUUAUGUUCCAGUUAAUGAAAGCAAACUGUGGCAGACAUCAAGGUAUACGACAGGCAUUGCACAUAUUUGAACCCUUUAUGGACCAUGUGCCUGGCGCUGUGCAUCCUAAAAUGUGUACCUGGGUGGUUAAUAAUGACCUGAAAGUAGGAGGAAAGGUAAUAGGCGCACAAUUUGAUGACUGGAUAAUGGGGGAUGAAACCAUGCAGGCCAAGAUGAAACAGUUAGAGAAAAGUGUAAGAUGCAAAAGAAGGCGGAAACAGACAUCAGACAAUGGCCCGGGAAGUAUAGAAUUAUUGAAAGCCGAAACGUUGCGGGAAGAAAUGGAGCCAGGAAUGAAGGGUAUAUUAAGGAAAGUACGGAAGAGAGUAAAGACACUACGGGGGCCAGUUCCUUCCGACGACGAUGCGGAUGACGAUGAAGACGACGAUGAGGAUGACGAUGAGCACGAGGACGUGAAUGCAGGCAAGGCACCUGAACCAACACCUGAGUCCACAAAACCACAGGCUGAACCGGUACCACCAGCAUCAGAAGAAAAUGCAACAGAAAAAGGGAACGAUUCGACAAGUGCAAAAACAGCGAAAGCAGAUAACGGAGCAGCACCAGCACCAGGGGAUGUGGGAAGGUCAGAAACAUCAGCUGGGGAUGAUACAGUAUCACCAUCACCCCCUGCAGCAGGACAAGGCGGAACAGACCCAGGAGGUACAGGUACCGGUACCACACAGACACCGUCGCAACCUGGACCACCAGGAGCAGAAGCAGCACCCUCCGGUACGGACAGAGAAAACAGUGACAGUAGUUGUUCCAAUGGUGGAGGUGCGGGUGAACGCAUUGUAAUUUCCUGUGGGAGCGCACAAGGACCUGGUUUGGACCCUCCCGCGGACCUGGCAGGCUUAAUUUCUGGAUCGUUGGAAGAUAAUAGUACUAGUACUGGAACUACACAGAUCACGACACGUAACGGUCAGGAGGAUUCACCGCCGGCACCAUCCAGCAUACCAACAACAACAGGAAAUGACGGAAACGCGGGUACACAAGGUGUACCAGGUCCAUCUGGUCAGGAAGGAGGACGGGGUGAACCAAGUACACCGGUUGAGGAUGGCGGAAGCGAUGACCCCCCUCCUCUCAAUCCGCCCAAACCAAAACCGAACCCGAACCCAAAUCAAUCGGGGUCGAGCGGUAGCGGCGGCACCGGCGGCAAAAACGGUGAACCGUCCUCAGGAGGUACUGAACAGAGUGCAGCAGGUGGUAGUGCUCAACCAGAUGGUGGUGGAGGGGGAGGAAGUGCAAGUUCCUCAUCCUCUGCUUCAGAACCAGCCAGUCCAGGUUCUACUGGUGAACACACCCCAGGUUCUUCAGGACCUGGCUCCACGGGCACUUCGCAACCAGGUACCACAGGUACUGGCUCCAGUGGGGGUCCACAGGGAGCUCGUUCCCCUCCUUCCGGUGCCCAGACUCCAGAAACCAAAGACCAACCUCUUCCUACCCUCCCUCCGUCGAAACCCUUCGACCCCAAGGAUCUCAUCCCGUACACCCCCGCGCUCAUUCCCGCGGUGGUUGGUAUUGGGCUCAUUGCCUUUUUCCUCUGGAAGUACUUUGCGUACCUCGGAAAAAAACGACGACGAACAUAUCGCACCGUUCGUGACGUGCCGUCACCGCCACUGGACGAAGAAAUAUUGCAGCAUUUACAACGCGGCGAGCCACCACCCGAUUACGGGUACACGAUAGUUAGGGAUAGGCAACCUGCGUCCGCUGCCGAACGCCGCGGCCAACGCCCACCACGCGUGCAUACGCGCACGAUUAUCGAGCUACACUUAGAAGUGCUCCACGAAUGUGAAGCAACCGAAUGGGAAAACGUCAAAGACGACUAUUUGCAAAUACUUGUGGAGGAGUUUGCGCAGGAUUUGCUGCAGGACGCGGAAACGAAUACCAAUAUCUUGGGCGUUUCUACGUCAGACCAGGGUCCGCGCUGGAACAAUGUUUCCUCCACCCUCAAUCCACCCACUGACAUCGACGGAACGGACCCUUGUCCACCACAUGACUCCGUCCUCUGUCCACUUCGUGCGAAUGCGAAUUCGGCCCCCGACCACAAUCACUGGAUCCCUUGGAUUGACCGCAACAAGCAUCUAUUGCGGGCGUGCAUGACGAAGCCGUGGUUUUUGCAAUUAAAAGCGGAAUGGAAACAAUACCUGCGCGAGCACAUGGUGGCAGACGAGGACAACGGACAACGUGCAUUCGGUGAGCCCGGUAAUAUCCCAUCCGUAGAGAUGAAGAAAGAUGCCUGGAAACAGUGGAUAGCGCAACAACAUCGGCAACUGCGUAUGUAUGGCCAGGAGGAGUGGUUUAAGCAUUUGUUAGACAAUAUAGCGGAGGCGACAGUACCGGAAAAAGGCGAAGUACCUGGAGUUGAAACAGACUUACACGUGGAAACAGUAAUGGCAACAGACGAUCUGCUAAGAGUGAGAGAUUUACCCCGGACGCAACCACUGCAUGAGCAAUACUACAACAAGAAACACCUAAUAGCCAAAUUAUGGAUGCUCCUCCUCGCGUCCGUAAUCGACGACUGCGAGCUUGAAAGCCGUCUGCAGGAGAACGAGUUAUAUGUGGAUGACCUAUUGGAGAAACUGUGA